CUCCAAGGCCUGAACAGAAAAAUGUAAUUGUGUGUAUGUGCUGGUAGCUGUGGAGCAUCACAUUGCCAAGAGAUCCAAAAUGCUUUGGGGUCUGUUCCAGGGCUCACGAGGGAUUCUGUGGGUCUCUGAGCUACUGGAGCUUCUACAAAAAUUAUAGGAUUUCGUCUCUUCAAUUCCUAUUUUGCAGAGGAUAUACAUCUGUCUCUAAAUCUUGCCUCUAUGGCUGACACUGGGUUUUCCCAAUGUAUGGAUUGUGUUGUUCUUAUAGCAUUUUGUAUCCCCUUAGUCAAGUGCCAUGACGCUCUUGACGCUAAAUGAGUUAACAGGCAAAGUAACGUUUAAAAUUGUCUCUGUGUUCAAUUCAUUACAGACAUCCGACCCUGCCCUGUUCUUGGGGUCUGCAGCACAGGAAGAGGCGAUUUAAUCUCUUCCUGCUCCAGCUGCAAACUCCCUAUCCCCACCCCAAUGACUGCAAAGCUUGUGUUGGGAGUGAAAUUCCCACUGGUGCCAUUAACUUCUCUACAGCUGGAGUCUGGAGACGAGGACUAAGGAGUUAAACCAAAGGCUUAAUGGAAGAGGUGGGGUUUGCCAGAAGAGGUAGAAAGGUGGUGAGUUGUGUUGUGAGAGGGAGGGCGUUCUCCAACCAAGGCCUAAGGGGCAAAGAGAGAAUGGGCGGAGGUGUUUAAGAGAGCAGGUAACUUUUCGGCAGCUAACCCCAAAGUCGUGGAGUUGAAGGAGUGAAGAUCGCAGCUGGCAGAGAUCUCUCUGGACGCAAAGGCAGGGAAACAAGCUGCCUGAGGUGGAGGACCCUGACCGGGGCCAACCGUGUCAGAGGUGCGGAGAGCAGUGCCCAGGCUUCCUAGUGCAUGGAUGGAGGAAGAUCUGCCAACACUGCAAGUGCCCAAGGGAGGAGCAUGCGGUGCGCAUGGUGCCUGUCGACCUGGAGAGGAUGAUGUGCCGCCUCAUCUCUGACUUCCAGCGCCACUCAAUCUCAGACGACGACUCUGGCUGCGCCUCUGAGGAGUACGCCUGGGUGCCCCCAGGACUCAAGCCUGAGCAGGUCUAUCAGUUCUUCAGCUGCCUCCCAGAGGACAAAGUUCCCUACGUCAACAGCCCUGGGGAAAGGUACCGCAUUCGCCAGCUGCUCCACCAGCUUCCCCCCCAUGACAGCGAGGCUCAGUACUGCAGCUCUCUGGAAGAGGAAGAAGCGAAAGAACUGAAGUUAUUCUCACAGCAACGAAAGCGAGAGAACCUGGGACGUGGGACUGUCCGCCUCUUCCCCGUCACCAUAACCGGAGCCAUUUGCGAGCAGUGCGGGAAGCAGAUCUGUGGUGGGGACAUUGCGGUCUUUGCCAGCCGGGCUGGGCAUGGCGCCUGCUGGCACCCACAGUGCUUUGUUUGCACCACCUGCCGGGAGCUCCUCGUUGACCUCAUCUACUUCUACCAGGGUGGCAAGAUCUACUGUGGGCGUCACCACGCCGAGCGCCUCAAACCGCGAUGUGAGGCCUGCGAUGAGAUUAUCUUUGCAGACGAAUGCACAGAGGCCGAAGGCCGCCACUGGCACAUGCGCCAUUUCUGCUGCUUCGAGUGCGAGGAGGCGCUGGGCGGGCAGCGGUACAUCAUGCGCCAGAGCCGCCCCUACUGCUGCCGCUGCUAUGAGAGCCUCUACGCAGAGUACUGUGACGCCUGUGGCGAGCACAUUGGCAUUGACCAGGGCCAGAUGACCUACGAGGGCCAGCACUGGCAUGCCACAGAUGCUUGCUUCAGCUGCUCCCGCUGCCACCAGCCCCUGCUGGGGAAGCCCUUCCUGCCCAAGCAGGGCCAGAUCUUCUGCUCUCGGGCCUGCAGCCUGGGCGAGGACCCCAACGGCUCGGACUCCUGCGACUCGGCCUUCCAGAGCGCCCGCUCCCAAGACUCCCGGCGAGCCAGCUGGCAGCAACGGCGGGUUCAAGCCCAGCGCUCGCCCUCCUCCUCCCACGUCGCCCGCUCCAUUUCCUUUGGAGGGCAACCGGCACCCGCUACUUCGGCCCCGAGGAUCCGAAGGAGCUGGAGUGGCUUAUCUGGAGCAGGGGAGGAGGUGCCGACGGAAACAGAGGAGCUCUCAGAUCCAGACAGCAACGGCUCAGGCUGCAGCCAGAGUUGUGAGGAGCCAGUCAAAUGUACAUCUCGGGGUACUUCCACUUGCCCACCACCAGCCAUGGACCAGGAGCCAGGAACAGGUGAGGCAGAACCAAGGACUGAGAGGCGACCAUGUUUCCAACGCACAUCCCCCUUGCGCCAUUCCAUGCCGGAGCUGGGCAUCCACCCCUCCAAGAUCCCAGACUGGAGCAGCAGCUCAGCUUCCAAACUCCAAGCAUCUGCCCAACUGCGACCCAGCGAGGGGCCUGAGCUGGGGAUGGCGAGCUUUGCCCGGGGAGGGGCACCUCGAGUUAGCUUCCGGGAGCCCCUGGUCUCGGGAGAGCCCAGUGCUCCUGGUCUUGAGCAGACCUCCGUCGAUGCCCAGCUGCUUCAGAACGGAAGCGUUAGCCGGGGACACCCUCGCUCCACCUCGGACAACUCUCUCAACCUGGGGAGCCAGGGCUGGCGGCCGCCAAGGAAAGGCGCAGCGGAGGGCAGAGGAGCGAGCCUCUCCUACUCCGCUUCCGAGGGGGCUUUUCCUGCCUGGCACCGGCGUUACCCGCCCCGGGGAUGGGACUUCAGCUCUUCCGAUUCCUCCGAUUCCUCCUCGGAGGAGGAAGGGUAUUUUCUGGGGGAGCCAAUACCCCUGCCCCCCCAUUUACGAGGCGGAGCUAGCCCCACAGAGUCCACGCCACCCACUGACUCGAUACGUAAGCGGCAGCGCCGAAGGCUGCGUGUGGUCCGGGACAAGAAUUGCGUCGUUGCCUAGACCUGACUUCCACCUUCUGGACUCUGGCCACAAGAAUCCAAGUAUGAAAUCGGGAUUUAGGCUUGGAACCACGGACCUUUGCUCCGUCCGCCAUGACUGCUUUGACUCACGACCCCUCGCCAGGGAUCCUCUUCAAGUGACCUCUCCAUUGCAACCGUUGAAAUCCCCUCACCUUUCCUCAGGGACCCUUGAGCGCUCUCUUUUCCAUGGUGACCUUUGAUCUUUAGAUGUGACCCUUCUGUGAAGAACCUUAACUCCUCUCUCUGGUGGUCUUUGAACUUUGGUUGUGUUUCUUUUCCAUUGUGGCCUUUUGACCUCUCAACUGUGACCUUUUGAACAUGAAUUAACCCUUCUGUCUUGAACCUUCGGAGUGAUGGUCUUUUGAACCUCUGCACUGUGCCCUAUGAACUUCCAACUGCAGUCUCUUACCUGGGAACCCUUGAACUUUGGUUUUGACCUUUCCACUGUGACCUCUGAACUUAUCUCACCUCUCCUGGGUUGACCCUUGUUGAUCAUUGACUUUCAAGUUGCCAUUAUUAAUUGCCUGCUUUCAAGCUCUGGGUGCUUUUUUCUCUAUAGAUCAGGUGUUUGGUGUGUGUAUAUGUUGUGGGGGGGUGAACUCCUUUCUACAUCUGGUACAGGUUUGCACCCAAAGAUGGACACCAGGUGUCCUCUUUAGGGCAAAGCCUGCAACGGAUCUUCUCGAUCCACCUCAAACUACUCUUCUCUGUCCUGUCUCCUUGCACUUUGUGCAACUCUUGAGUUUGCAAUUUUUAAAAAUUGGGUGGGUUUUUUUUCUAAUUGAGGAUUUAAUUUAAUUGAAAUUUAAAUAAAAAUAUAUGAAAACA